AGACGCCAUCUAACCGCUGUUAGUAGAAGCUGGAGGCAGCUGAGGGGAGCGGUGGCUCUCGUCGUGUAGACGAGUUCAGUUGGAGGUUAUCUCGUGUUUAGAGACUUAUUGGUUAGAGAAAAAUUUGAUGAUGGCGAGCCAGGUUUGGAAGGUGAUUAAGCCGCACGUACCGAUGAUCAGGUUUCGCAAAGGUGGCUCUAAUUUGGUCGCUGGUGCGACAGCCGCUCCAUCUGCGCGAUCAGGGCCGAGUCAAAUGAAGCGGAGUGCGGGCAGCGGUGCAACGGGUCCUGGGGUGACCGUCCUCCCGACGAUAGAAGACCUUUACCUCCCGCCAAGGUAUCAGAGACUGCCGUUAGGUGACAAGGAAAUCGAGUACAUUAACCGUGGUGGACCAGAGUGAUUUUAUAGUGUGUACAUUUAGAAUAUUCUAAGUCCUAAGUACUUAACUUUGUUAUGUGUUCGAUGCAAUGUGCUAUUUAAAUAAAUGAUCGUGACAGAGAAAGAAAGAGGGAGAGAAAGAGAUUCUGCACUGCAAAUAUUAUUUCACAUUCAUACCAGAUGUCUAUCGGGCAAGGUCUACCGUGACAUUGCCAGGGCCUGCUAUUUUUGGCACAACUCUCAGCUCAUUCCUGCUGUGUGAGUUAAUCCUAGAUCACAAGAUAACAAGAUUCUGAUCAAAUAUCUUGCAAUCAAUUUUUACUGCAAAUUUUUAUACUUUUCUUCUAUAAUUGAAAAAUUAAGGAAAAACUUAUUGUAUGUUGUGUAUUAUUUUGUGUUGCUAUUAUAUUAUUGUAAUAUUUUAAAAUAGUUGCUCAAAGUCUCAAAUAAAUCGCUAUUCUCGAUA